UGUUCCAAGCUUAAAUUAAUUAUAAAACCUUUAUCAAUAAGGAGAGAAAUUACUCACCCAAAUUUCAAGUCAUGGCGUCGGAAGUUGCAUUAGUUGUUUCAGGUAAUCGCCGUUCAACUGCAUUUGAUCUGUAUGAAGCCGGCAUCAUUGUUUAUGGAAAUAUGAACAAUAUUAUCUUUCUUGAUCUUCGUGCAAGUCCUCCACAAUUGUUAGAUGAAAAAUGUCUUAUGAGUGCUCACAGAGCCAAAAUAGUAGCUCUUUCGGUUUUGAAAGACAAAAAAGAAAACGAAGAACUGAUUGUAAGCGCUAGCGAAGAUAUGGUAGUAAAAGUUUGGGAUCUGAAUUCUAGAACAUCUAUUGCUAAUACUGAAAUCCCAGAAUGUAAUGCCCUAUCUUGGUUCUCCAGCAACGCCCCAGUGGUUAUUGCAUCAGAGCAUUCCAACAUAGUGAAAUGGAGCUACAAGCAGGGAACUACACUGAGAAAAAUAAAAUCUGGAUGUAACCAAGAAAUUUUGUUAAUUUCUCACAAUCCUGCUAAUAAUGAAAUAAUUGCAACUGGUCAUAGGUUUGGAGCAAUUACUGUGAUGAAUGUCAAGACUGAAAAUAUUCUCCAAAAGCUUAAAGUUCAUUCUAAGGAAAUAACUAGUUUAUCCUGGUCUUUAGUGGCUCCUGAUAUGCUGUUAUCUACCAGCUUGGAUAUGAGUGCUCGAGUCUGGAGGAUGGGAGAAGCACAAUCUGUCCAUGCAUACUAUGUUUCGAAUUCUCGGAAAAUGGAUGACAAGAAGCAAGCAAAAUUUUUUGGGUUUUUCUACCCUGGUAGUGAAAAUACUAUGCUCUGUUGUUCAAGAGGUGAACUGGGAACAGUGACAUUCAAAGAAAAAGGAAAGCCAGAGUUCCAAAACCUUUGGCUGAAAGGUUCCGAGUCUCUCAAUCGGAACCUCUAUAUUUUGUGUACUUGGGAACAGGAUUCAGAAGGUGUAAAAAAGAAUAUAUUAUGUGCAGUAGAGUUUUUCAGAAUCUCCCUUUUUGAUUUGGAGGAAAAGAGAUGCAUAUUGUCCUUGAGCACUCACAAUAAUAGCAUUAAUAAAAUGGUAGUUUCUCCAACCAAUCCAAAUUUGAUUGUGGUCUGCUGUGGGGACGGCACGGUGAAAUUGUGGAACCUAUCUACAGAGAGUUCGUCGCUGAAUUGUUACUCUAUUUACAUCCAGUCAAGAGUGAAAAUCCUGUGUGGCAGCUUCCAUCCCGUUGAAGAACCUCUCUUUGCUUUUGGAACGGAUGAAGGGAGGAUUGGAAUCAUUGACAUUAACAAAAAAAGAGUCCUAUACAAUUUUGAAACACAUCACAGCCAUGCUUGUUAUGAAGUUUGUUGGGGGCCUUGCUCGAAAGUUGUUUCUCCUGAAGGCAAAAGUACUGAAGACUUUUUCUUGUACUCUUGUGGUGGUGGAAUCAUUCAUGUCAACAAGUUGAAUGAGCCGAAGUCACCCGCUUUGGAUUUUGAUGAACUCAGUAAUUUGGGUCCUGAAUUGAGUGACUGCAAAAAGAAUCAUUGUCAUAUGUGUUGGAAGCAAGAUUAUUCAUGCUUCGCAGUUGCAAGCUAUAAAGGUUUUGUUGACUUAUAUGACCCUCAGUUUUCCUUCCUGGGAAGGCUGAUCACACCUGCAAUGUCCAUCGAAUGUCUCAGCUGGCAUCCAGAAUCUACCUUGGCCUCUCCGGACUCAUCUCCCUUGAAAAUGUGGCUUGCUUGUGGAGGAAAAUUUAACGAUAUUCAUAUUUAUGACACUGCUGAAGUUAUUGAUAAAGGUGAAAAAGUAAUGAUGAGACCAACCAGGAAACUGACUGGGCACAUGAGAAGUAUCUUAUCCCUAAGCUGGAGCAUUCACAUUGAUGGAUAUUUGGCGUCUGGUUCCAGGGAUGGCACGGCUCAAAUUUGGAAUGCUGUUCAAGGGACCUGCAUUGCAAACUAUCCCAACCAUCGUGAUCACGUAACGAGCGUCUUGUGGAAUUCCCAGAAUCCAGACAUCAUGAUGUCAGGUGGCCUAGAUUGCUGCAUACUGGUGAAGAAACAUAAGCUAUUCAGACCUAAGCCUAAAGUUUCUAAUGUUGAAGAGAGCAGUGUUGCUGAAACUGCCUCUCAGAAGUCUUAUGGAGAAACAACUAGCGAGGAAAUUCAUAAAAAUAAGAGUUCCAAACCUGAAGGUGAUGCAGCAUCUGAUAAGACAGAUAUUGAUGUGCAAGAAAAGAAAUUUUAUGAUGUGGAACAUCUGACCAGGAAAGGUGCUGUAAAGUCUUGGUACACUAAAAAACCUCCUCCCAUCUUCCCACUGUUUGGUCAGGACCAUGGCGUGAAAGGUAUCGAAGAUUGUAAGAGAUUGGUGGACCUGUAUUACAGUGAUACAACCGACAACAGUUCAAGUUUUGAGGAGUUAAAAGCAAGACUUCCAGCCACUGAUGAGGAUGCAUUGAAAUUUGGUAUUUUUGCAGAUCAGCUUGCAGCUUUGUCGAUGCUGGAAGCUCAAAGUAAUCAAUAUAAAAAAGAAAAUCUCCCAGAGUCAUAUGCAUAUCUGCAGUUACAGAUGUUGAAUGUUCAAAGUGUGAUCGAAGAGUUUUGCAAGAAUGGAAAGCUCACAGAUUUUUUGGUUUCGCUUGCACCUAUGGUUUCCCAUAAAUAUUGGUUAGAAGUAUGUGAAAAGUUUGCAUUACAACUCAUUGGAGAUGACCUAUAUAGGAAAGGCAGCCUCUACCUACUCAUGUGUGGGAAGCUGUACGAAGCCAUCCAAGUACUAGCAGAAAAAGGAAAUGUUUAUGAAGCACUCGCCCUCGCUAAAGCUCACUUACCCGAGUCGGAUCCUGUCAUCGAGAAGCUUCUCAUUGUUUGCUCAAACAAGUUCAGAAGUCAGAAAUGCUAUGCAUUUGAAGCCCAGUGUGCCAUUGCUUUAAAAGACCCUUUGUCAGCUUCAAGAAUCUUGUGCCUCCUGCCAGACCCCAAUGGGGCUAGAAUUGCUGCAUAUGUGUGUAAAAAGUUUGGGUUUGAAACAGAAGCUGAGAACUAUGCGUUCCAUUGCUUGGAAAAAUGUCUGAGUCACUUGGAUUGGGUCACGGCCAAAAAGUUGACCGAUGAAGAAGAAUGUAUGAAGCCAUACAGCAUGUUAGUUCAUGUACAUGAAAUCAUCUAUUCUCACAUUAGACAUUUGAAAAAGGAAAAUGGUGUACUGGUAAAAGAAAUAUUUUGCAAUGAUUCGGCUGAUGCUGUGCCGUUUUGGAAAUGUCUAACAUGCCAAGAUUCUAAUCAAUCUCUCAUUAGCUUUGUUUAUUCCUCACUGAGAAAUCUAAGUUUACUGAAUGAGGAAGAAGAAUUUCUUAAAAAUACACAUGAAGCCCUGAAUACAAUGUUGAACUAUAGAAAGAACUCUGAUAUGGCAUCUGAGGCACACAUAUCAAUUGCACUUUACCUGGCUCAAUACCUGGUUCUUGCUCUGAAGGAAGACUUUGAACUCGCUACCAAGUAUUUUCUGAAGAUAUUUGAAGUUUCUUGUAAUAUUGUAUUUCUACCAAAGAUUGUGUCCAUGCUGUUGUUACCUGUUGAAUUGCAGUGGAGCAAGAAAACAAAUUCAGUCAUAUGGGAAGCAAAGAAAAAUGCUGCUGACAGUGCCUGUCCCAUCAUUCACUUUUAUGGCCUGUACUCAUCUUUCGGACAGAGAAUUGCAAACUGGGAACAGGAUGAGGUUGGCACUAAUGUCAUCAGUGCAGAUUGCUUGUCUAACUUACCUCCUCUCGUGGAUACUAUCAGAAAUAUCUUGUCCGGCAAAACUAUCGUUGACCUUUUGGCUGCCUAUUUUUCUGUCAGUUUUCUGAAUGACUUGCAGUCUCUUAUUUCAAAACAAAAACCAAGUUCCGAAUGCCGUCCGUUGAAAAGUCCUAGAGUGCGCAAGUCUAUCCCUGUUGCUUCUCAUAUUGUGCAGAAUGGUACUCAACUCUUAGGCGAUUCAAACUCCCGAGGCUCAGAUAUACGUAAAGAAUUGGAAGAAAAUGAUGAUAUCGGAAAACUAAUUGAAUUAGCUUUGAAAGAGGCUAAUGAAAAGGCUGAACAACUUAUGGGCCUUGAAAAAGGUGACAAAAUUGCCGAAGAAAAUUCAGCAAAUAAUGUCUACAACAAAGUUAGUGCAGAACCAGUUCACGUUGUUGAGAAUGGUACUCUUGCCCUAGACAAUUUAAAUCAUAAUGAUUCAGAGAUACGUAAAGAUUUGGAAGAAAAUAAUGUUAUUGAGGAAGUUUCGGAGAUAGCUUUGAAAGGAGUAGAUGUUAAAGUUGCCGAAGAACAAUCAGCAAAGAAUGUCUGUACAAAUGUCGAUUCAGAACCAGUGAAUCAUUGUGUAAUCAGCACUAAUGGUGUAUGUGAUGCUACUUCUUCCAUUUCAGAUGUACUUUGUUCAAACACAGAAAUGGUAACAGGUGUUUCAAAAAAAGAUGAAAACAAUUUCGUGAAAAGUUCUUUAAAGGAUGGUGAAAAUUCAAGUGAUGUUGAAAAUAUAUCAAGUAUAAGUGAAGGAGGAAAUAUUGAGAAGUAUAGUAGCUUGAAUUGUGUUACUUCCUCAGAAGAGGAGAAUGUAACUAAUGGUGUUGCCGGAAAUGUGUCUGCAAUUCAUGAGUCAAUCAUUGCUGAAAAUGACAUGAAGCUCGGAGAAACGUCAGAUGGUUGCAUGAUUGCCCAAUUCAGUGCGACACAAAAGUUAGAGGAUGAGGACAUUCCAAAAGAAACUGCAUUUUCUCAUGAACAGUGCUUAGAAGAAAUCAGUUCAUUUUGCAAUAUUGUUAAGUUGAUGUUUAACAUUGUUUGUAGAGAUGAGUUUGCUUUGUUUUUCUAUCUUCAGGAUUUGGUAAAUUAUAUUAACCAAGAAAUGGCAUCUACCUCGAAAAUUGCUCCUCGUUCAGGGGAACAAACUGCAAGUCAAACCGCAGAACAUCUCGAAAACGACCUUCGUAGAGAUGGGUGUGAUACCAAAGUCAUUCCUCAAGAACAAAAACAAACUGAACUCCUGCCUCUCAGUGCUGUGCAGAGUGGUGACGGAAAAAGCAAUAGUGAUUUAGGAAAUGAGCCAAAUGAAGAAGACUCUUCUUCUCUGUUAAAGUCAUCUGCUCAUCUUGGUGAUUUAAAGAAUGAUGGCCAAAUAAAUGGAUGUGAUAAUGAAGUAAAAGUGAAGGAGCUAACGAGCUUGAAUCCCACUGAAGAUACUCCAGAGUCUAAAAGCUUUUACGAUUCCAAUGGCAAAGAUAUUGAACCUUCCAGUGACAAAGAUGUUGAACCUUCCAGUUACAAAGAUAUUGAACCGCCUAAAAUUGUGCCCACCCUCUCAAAUGAGCUUCAAACUGAAAGUGAUAAUGAAAUGAUUUGUUCCAAGAUGAAUGGCAGUGAAUCUUUUGAAAAUACCCAAGGUGGUCAAAGUGAACUGCAAACUGUUGACACAGCUGAUUUUAUUCAGUCUAAGUUGGACAAAAGUGGUGCACCAGAGCAUGUUCUUGUUGCAAACCAAGUAACGGCCAUCGCUGAGAAAGAAGGGGAGGAGCUUCAGAAAAACUCUGAAUACGAGCAUGGUGAAAAAGUUUCUGAAGAAAAACAUGCUGUAGAUUCAAACCAUAUUUCAUCUUCUAAAAAUGCCAAGUACCAAGAGGAGAAAAAGAAACUUUUGGAGCUUAUAGCUGUUUUAGAAAGUGAACACAAAGAAAAGCCUUAUCCAAACCCAUUCAUUGCUGCAUCUAAAGCAGUCCAAUCAUGCAGUGAUGUCUAUCAUAAAUCAGCGUGCCAUCAAGUUCAAAGGAAAGUGCACGAACUUGCUCAUGAAGUUUUGGGCUGGGUUGAGAAGUUUGCCAUAAACCAAAAACCAUGUCUUUCUUGCCAAAUUUGUAAAAAUGUAACAUAUUUGCAUUGUUUUGUAUAAAAUCAUUUUUUAAGCGCAUCAUACUUUAGAUUUAAGUAAUCUCAUUUUAAAUCAGAUGUAAUAUUGUGCUGAAAUUAUUUAAGUUUUGAAAAUGGUAUUGUAUAUUUAUAUUGAGUUUCCAAAUGACUCUACCGAGUAGUGGUUAAUCAUUUGAAUUCUGUGAUCAGAGUGAAAUGUAUCAAUCUAAAGAAAGUUCCUAAUUUGCAUUUAUAGUUUAUUUUUGUUUUUCAACUUUCUUUCAUGAACAACUUACUUAGGCAGCCAUUGAAAUUUUCAUUCUAUUUUUGCAUCAA